AUGGCUUCUACUUCACGGAUACCCCAUCUUUUGGAGCCCUAUAUCUCUCUGCCUCCAGAGUCCUCACUCAAUCUUAUCACUAGCGUGCUUGGUGCAAGCGCGAACUGGCUGGUUCUGCGCCAUGUGUAUUCAUACCUCAGAGGUAGUGCAGAUGGAGAUGAGAGCACCAAGGACACAGGCGUCAUACUGCUGAGCUUCAUGAGAGAUGGUGCCUUUUGGAGAGAGGGUUCUACAAAAUUGGGCCUUGAUUUAGAUGCCCUAAGUAGAGCAGGACGCUUCACAUUCAUCGACGGUUUCUCAGGACUCUAUGGUGAAGCUAAGAACGGGGUGCUAGGCACACGAAAAGAGAGGACGCUUCGGAGUACGGAGCUUGCAGACAUCAAAAGAGAAAUUGAAGGCGCUAUCACGGACUUACGUGCGUCGCGUAAGAUCCUUAUUAUCGACCAACUUGAUGCGCUUCUCGCUGUCACCGAUGACUCAACCACAAGUCUCACGCUUCAAGACGCCGUUCUUAGCCUACGAAGUCUUGUCCACAGUACGCUACUCACUCUGUCAGCCGACGUGCCUCUUGUUGCUACCCAAGUUACGGCGCUUGAGCGAGAGCACGCCAGCCUCGUGCUUUCUACAGCACAUGAAGCUGACAUGGUGUUCUCCCUACGGAUGCUUGAUACAGGGACAGCGAGGGAUGUCAGCGGAGUAGUCCGCAUUACAGGACCUGGAGCAGAGGGCUUGGGUGGUGCUACUGAGUAUUUAUAUCAUGUUGUUGCGGACGGCGGGGUUAAGGUCUUUGAAAGAGGGACAUGA